AUGUCUUGGCCUGUAUAUUUACGGAGAUAUCUUUCGAAAAGACAACGUGGCCGUUUAUUGAAUUUAUUCCUAUUUGCACUUUGUGGUUUCAUUUUGUUCAGUCUUCUAUCAACGAAUUCCAAAUCGAGCUUAAAACAACCACUUACAAGGGAUGCGGUUAUAGAAAGAGGCUGGCACGCGAUUCCCGACUACACGAAGCAAAGAAAAGGUCCAGGGGAAAAUGGAGCUGGCAUCAAUCUUGAGGGAACUGAGCGUGAGGAAGCUGAUGAAUUAGCGAAGAAAUGGUUUAUGAAUGUGAUUGCAAGCGAUAAAAUCUCGCUUGAUCGCUCGAUUCCUGACUCAAGAUCGCCACAAUGUAAAGCCUUAGAAUAUGAUGUGAACAAAUUGCCCACCGUGUCGGUGGUUAUCAUCUUCACCGACGAAUCUUUUUCGGCACUUCUGCGCACGGUGCAUUCCGUUGUUAACAGAAGUCCGCCACAACUUUUACAAGAAAUCGUCCUUGUUGACGAUAACAGCUCGCUACCUGAACUUGGAGAGAAAUUGGUUAAGCACAUCGAGCGUUUCGGCGAUUUAGUGAAACUUAUUCGAAGCAAGGAAAGACUUGGGCUUAUUCGAGCAAAAGUUCGCGGAGCAAGAGAAGCUCGUGCUGAAGUCCUUGUUUUUCUUGAUUCCCAUUGUGAAGCAAAUGCGGGAUGGUUGGAGCCGUUAGUAGCAAGAAUCGCGGAGAGUCGAUCAGCAGUCGUUUGCCCGGUGAUUGACUCGAUUUCCGAUACAUCGAUUGCUUAUAUGGGCGGCUCAGCUGGCGGCAUCGGUACUUUCUGGUGGUCUUUGCAUUACAGUAUGGGCGGUAUUCCACCAGAGGAGACACGUCGCAGAAAGAAUCCAGAGAUCGACUAUAUUCGAUCUCCAACGAUGGCUGGUGGUCUUUUUGCGGCAAAUCGCGAAUAUUUCUUUGAAGUGGGAGCAUACGAUGAAGAAAUGGAUAUCUGGGGUGGAGAGAAUUUGGAAAUAUCAUUUAGAGUGUGGAUGUGUGGUGGAUCGAUUGAAAUCAUCCCAUGCUCUCAUGUUGGUCACAUUUUUAGAGCCGGUCACCCAUACGAUAUGACUGGACGUAAAGGGAACAAAGAUGUGCACGGGACAAAUUCAAAGCGAUUGGCGGAAGUUUGGAUGGAUGACUAUAAAAGAUUGUUUUAUGUUCAUCGAAUGGGAUUGAAGGAUCAAGAUGUUGGAGAUUUGACUUCACGACAUGAGCUUCGGAAAAAACUUCAAUGCAAAUCGUUCAAAUGGUUUUUGGAUAAUGUGAUCCCUCAAAAGUUUGUGCCUGAUGAGGACGUUUUUGCGUAUGGAAAUCUGCAAACGGUCGGCGGAUUGUGCUUGGAUACUUUGCAACGUUUAGAGAAUAAGGGAACAAUCAUUUUGGGUGUGUAUUUCUGUCAAGGCGGUGGUAGCUCGUCGCAGGCGUUUUCGUUUAGCAAAGAUUACGAAGUUCGCAGAGAAGCUACUUGUUUACAGGUGGAUCACAAAAAUCCGGGAAACCCAAAAAGGAAUGCGCUCAUUCAGCCGUGCUCAGAUGCGACGAAAGUUCAAUUUAAACAUACAAAAGGUGGUCCAAUAACGCAUGUUGAAUCAGGAUUAUGUCUUGACGUAGACGGUGUUGAAUCCGGCGGUGAUGUCUAUUUCACUGAAUGUAACACAGAAAAGGCAACACAAAAAUGGACCUUCCAAAAGUACUUUGAU